CCCCCUGCCUCUGUCUCCUGAGUGUUGGGACUGAAGGUGUAUGCCACUAGGCCUGGUCUCACUUCCUUUUUUGUUUUGAGGUAGGAUCUCUCAAUGUAGCUCUGAAUGUCUUGGAACUUGCUAUGUAGACUAGCCUGGCCCCGAACUCACAGAUAUCUGCCUAACUCUGCCUCCUGAGUGCUGGGAUUAAAAAUAUAUGCCACCACAUCCAGCUCGCCCUCCCUUUCUUGCACUGGGUUCUUCUUGGGAUUGAGCCUUUUCCAGGGAUUCCUACUUUCUGAGAUGCCAGGUCCCAGGCAGUAACUUUGGUUCUGGGUCUGCUUCGCCCCAUCCCAGUGACUCUGGGGCACCCCCGUCUCAAUCUCUUUUCUGUCUGCUUACUUUCCUGCCUGCUCAAGGAGGUCCCAAACCUCUCUGCCUGCACCCUCUGCCACACUUUCACCCCUCCUCCCAUUUCUUCUGAAGUUCCCUUUGCUUCACAGCACCUAUCGGAGCCAAGACUUGCUCCUAUGGCCAGCCCUGGGCUGCCUGGAGAUGGGCAGGGCCAGGAGGAAGAGGAGAGGACAGGAGUCUCAGCAGGACAUCAAGCAGAGGUGCUGCAGCAGGCCCAGGAGCUCUUUGUCCUGUGUGACAAGGACGCCAAGGGCUUCAUCACUCGUCAGGAUUUGCAGGGUCUGCAGAGUGAUCUUCCCCUUACACCUGCACAGCUGGAGGCUGUGUUUGAAAGUCUGGACCAGGCCCACACUGGCUUCUUGACGGCCCGGGAGUUCUGUCUAGGCCUGGGGAAAUUUGUGGGGGCGGAGUCGGUCCCAGGUAGAGCCCCCUUGAGGACUCCUGAGGAAACCUUUGAGUCGGGCACAGGGGGCUCUCUGGAGGAGGAGGACGAUGUAGAAACAUUCUACACUUCCUUGGAGAAGCUAGGAGUGGCCCGGGUCCUGGGAGAGCAAUGGGCUGUGAGGACACUCUGGGUCGGGCUGCAGCGGGAGCGACCCGAGCUGUUGGGUUCUCUAGAGGAAAUUCUGAUGCGCGCAUCCGCCUGCCUGGAGGCGGCGGCCCGGGAGCGCGACUGUCUGGAGCAGGCACUUCGGAGGCGGGAGAGUGAACACGAGAGGGAGGUGCGCGGACUGUAUGAAGAGCUGGAGCAGCAGCUUCGGGAGCAGCGACAGCGCGGGCAGAGUCAGAACCCACCCCGGGAGGAAGAGAGGGGCCACCUGGAGCUGGAGCUGCAGACCCGAGAGCAGGAGUUGGAGCGCGCAGCCCUGAGGCAGCGAGAGUUGGAACAGCAGCUGCAAGCCCGGGCUGCAGAACAGCUAGAGGCACAAGCCCAGCACAUCCAGUUGCAGAGGGCCUAUGAGGCCUUACGGGCACAGCUGGACCAGGCGCAAGAGCAGCUCAUCCGACUGGAGGGCGAAGCACAGGGUCGUCAGGAGCAAACCCAAAGAGAUGUGGUUGCUGUCUCCAGGAACAUGCAAAAAGAGAAACUCAGCCUCCUAAGGCAGCUGGAGCUGCUGAGGGAGCUGAAUCUGAGGCUUCGAGAUGAGAGAGAUGCCUGUGAGACUAAGCUGCUGGGCAGUAGCCACAGGAAGGCUCUAGCUAUCGCCCACAAGCCGGGACCCAUCUACUGCUGCUGUUGUUGUGGCUGGGCUCGGCCCCCCAGACGAGGCUCUGGCCAUCUUCCUAGUGCCCGAUGACCAGCCGGCCCCAAAUGACUCACUUCCUUAUCCAGAGGACUAUUCUUAGGAGGGGAUUGGUCUUGGGUGGCGGUUGCUUGCUAAGUAUGUAGCUCUACCCAGAAAGCAUCCCAUGCCUGAAGGAACUAACCCUCAGAGUGGUCAGGUCUUCAGUCUUUAUCCUGUCUUCCUUAAUCUUUGUCUAAAGGACCAAUAAAGGCCACUGUAUACUGUGCA